GGCUCGAACUUGACUUCGAGUUAACAAUUUUGCGUUUUAACAGCUGUUCAAAUAAAAAUUGUGAAGAAACUUUUUCAAUUAGGGAGCGAAGCCGUAGUACAAAGUUUAGAAAAGUGUAUGUAAAUAGUACAGCCACCUAAUGGUAAGUGAUUCUUCGUAUAUGUCUUCUAACGUUUUGUUAGAAGAUGACCUCUGUAAGCUUCAGCCACUGAACGAAACUGCAGUUUUUAACUGUAUAAAGAAUAGAUUUAACAAGGGACUCAUUUACACUUAUUCAGGCCCUGCCUUAAUAGGUGUUAAUCCAAUGAGGCCGAUCGCAAUUUAUGGAAAGGAUUUCAUUGAGAGAUAUAAUCGCUCGCAAAACGUACGCGAACUACCUCCACACGUUUAUGCAGUAGCCGAGCAGGCCUAUCAGAUUCUUGUCAACCAGCAACGUUCUGCUAGUAUAAUUGUUUCCGGGGAGAGCGGCUCUGGGAAAACUGUUUCAUGUCGGUAUUUACUGGAGUACUUCGCUUCUGUGAUUCCAUUUUCCCACCACGAAAUUUUAGGAAAAAGUGUUAUUGAGCAGCAUUUGCUAUCCACCGGAUUAAUUUUAGAAUCUUUUGGAAACGCCUCUACACUUCGUAAUGCUAACAGUUCGCGUUUUGGAAAGUACAUCCGCGUCCAGCUUGACGAAUCCUUGAAAAUUUGUGGUGCUCGCGUUGACACUUAUUUAUUAGAAAAGACUCGCGUUAUUGCGCACGCUUUUGGGGAAAAAACGUUUCAUAUAUUUUAUCAGCUUUGUGCUGGAGGAACUCAAGAACAACGAUCUCGCUAUUUCCUUACGGGCCUCACUAGAGAAAACUUUUACUAUACCGUGCGAGAUCAGUAUCGCUAUCGCUGCGAAUUCUCGUCCUCAAAAUGCUUGUCGAGGCGAGACACUCAACGUACAGAUAAGAAUCAUAAAAUUCCUUUUUUUAAGGAGAGAAGGGCGACCAAUUUAAAUUUUCUGAGUUUACAUGAAAAAACAAUUGAGGAUGAAGAGAGCGAUUUUGAAAAUACUAUUUCUGCUUUGCGCGCACUUAAUGUCGGCGAAGAUCUACAGGAAGAUCUUUUCCGUAUACUCGCAGGAAUUCUUUAUUUGGGGCAAAUUUUUCCAGAAGAAAAAUUUGGAAAAAGUUUUGUGGUUACUGGGCCGGGCUCGAGUGUAAGUAAAGCUGCUGAGUUACUUGGUGUGGCCCCAGCGCAUCUUGCUAAACUUUUGCAGAACAAAAAGAUCGUUGCUUUUCGAGAUACAAUUUAUUCACCAAUCACAAGACGAGAAUCUGAACAGCUCCGCGAUUGUUUGUCUAAAGAUAUCUAUAAACGCCUUUUUGAUUGGCUUGUUUACAGAAUUAACAGCCUUUUUAGUGAAAAUGAAAUUUUUACAAUUGGCAUUUUGGACAUCUAUGGCUUUGAGAAGUUUGAAGAAAAUAGUUUAGAGCAGCUUUGCAUCAACUACGCUAAUGAAAAACUUCAGCAACUUUUUGUUUCUGUCGUUUUUAAAGUGGAACAACAAGUUUACUUUGAAGAGGGAAUAGAUUGGAGUUUCAUAAAGUACGCAGACAAUCACGAAUGCAUUGAGAUGAUGGAAGGAUCUCCCGGAGUGUUUUCUUUGUUAAGCGAACAAUGCUUUCUGAAUCGCACUUGCUCCGAUGAGAAAGCCUUCACUGAGCGGCUUUACAAUACUUUUAAAGCAAAUCCAUAUUUUCUUGGGGAAAAGUCAGGGGCGUCCUCGCGGCUCUUUACUAUUCGCCACUACGCCAUGGACGUUUCCUAUUCGACUGCGCAAUUUAUGGAAAAGAAUAUGGAUCAUCUCGGAUUUGAAUAUGUGGAAUUGAUGCGCUCGUCUCGCUAUGAGUUUGUAAGGAAUCUAUUUCUUGAGUGCGAUGAGGGGAUUAAGAAAACCACCGUUACUUUAAGCUUCAAAAAUUCACUCACAACGUUGAUCGAUGCGCUUUCUAAAACGGAAUCUCACUUUGUUCGGUGCUUAAAACCCAACGCGUGUCAGAGCGGUGUAUUUGUGAAUGAGGAACGAAAAAGAAAAGUUAUUGAUAAAAAUAAUUCAAAAUUUACUUGUUUGAUGGCGCGAUGGUUUUACAGCAACUCCACGCCUCUGGAAUUGUUGAUGCCGUUCGCAUUGCUCAGGCGAGCUACCCGUACAAAUAUAUGUACUCGGAUUUUAUAAAAAAAUACUCCAUUCUUAUAGGCCCCUCCGAUCCACGUGCGACACUGCGCGAAACUGUAGAAGCUGCCUUAAGCCGACUCUUCUCGCC